CGCCCCGUCGCGUGCAUCGUGCUCGGCAUGGCGGGCAGCGGGAAGACGACUCUGAUGCAGAGGCUCAACUCGCACCUGCAUGAGGCGAAGCGGCCAUACUACCUGAUCAACCUGGACCCGGCGGUGCUCGAUACGCCCUUCGGCGCCAACAUCGACAUCCGCGACACCGUCAACUACAAGGAGGUGAUGAAGCAGUACAGCCUCGGGCCAAACGGAGGCAUCCUCACCUCGCUCAACCUCUUCGCGACCAAGUUCCACGAGGUGCUCGGCCUGGUCGAGGCGCGCGCCGAGGAGCUCGACUUUGUCCUCCUCGACACGCCCGGCCAGAUCGAGAUCUUCACCUGGUCCGCCUCUGGCGCCAUCAUCUCUGAGUCGCUCGCCGCGUCGAUGCCGACGGUGGUUGUGUACGUCGUCGACACGCCGCGCUGCUCCUCGGCCGUCACCUUCAUGUCGAACAUGCUCUACGCCUGCUCCAUCCUCUACAAGACCAAGCUGCCCCUUCUCCUCGUCUUCAACAAGACUGACGUC